AUGGAGUCCAUCCAGGGAGAGGCACCCAGAGGGGGAACAUUCGAGACUGAGGACCAGAUGGGCGGAAUUCCCGCCCGGAAUUCCCGGGGGGAGCGGCUGCUGCUCUACAUCGGCAUCAUCGACGUGCUGCAGUCCUACAGGUUCGUCAAGAAGCUCGAGCACUCCUGGAAGGCCCUGGUGCACGAUGGGGACACGGUGUCCGUGCACCGGCCCAGCUUCUACGCCGAGCGCUUCCAGCGCUUCAUGUGCCACACGGUGUUCCGGAAAAUUCCACUGAAGCCUUCCCCGUCCAAGAGGAGCCGGGCGGGGGUCCGUGGGGGUUGA